GAAUUCGCAGGACUACCAUGGUACAAACGACCCUCCCUCUUCUGGAUGGUUGGACCAUUCUUCGUCCUCGCAUUUGCCUUUGGGGGAAUCAUCGCGCCAAAGAUAAACCUCAUCAUGGACCUCGUCUGUCGCCAGUACAUCUCCGAUCAGAUGUCUCUCAAUCCAAACCUGGCUUUACUUCCUGUCGACUUUCGCGGUGGCACCAACAAUCAAUGUCGCAUACCCGAAGUUUCCUCUCGCGCGAGCAUCCUCACUCUCUGGGCCAGCGUCAUCUCAGGGAUUUUAUCUGCGAUUGCAAGUCCAAAGCUCGGUGCCCUGUCUGAUCGAUACGGCCGCAGGAUAGUGCUGGUCAUCACCAGCUGCGGCACCAUUGCCGGUGAAAUCAUCUUCAUUUUCGCUGCCAUCUACCCGGAAACCUUCCCAAUCCCACUGAUCCUCGUCUCCUACGCCCUCGAUGGCCUCACGGGAUCCUUCAUCCUUGCCAUGUCCAUAUCUCACGCAUACGCCACCGACUGCACACCCCCGGCCUCUCGAAAUGUCGCAUUCGGCUACUUCCACGGCGCCCUGUUCACCGCACUCGCCAUUGGUCCGAUCUUUGCCGGCUACAUCGUCAAACUCACCGGCAGCAUCGUCUCGAUCUUCUACAUGCUCACCUCUGUGCAUGUCGCCUUCGUAUUCUUUCUGCUUUUCAUCAUCCCGGAAUCCCUGUCUGAAGCACGUCAGAAACAAGCUCGAGAGCUCCAUGCUGCUCACGUUGCCCAACAAGGCGAACAAGGCGACUGGAUCAACCGUAUCCGCUCGCUGAAUGUGCUCGCUCCGUUGAAGACCCUCUAUCCGACCGGUCCAGGCACCUCGCCAGCUCUCCGUCGCAACCUGUUCUUCCUCGCGGCCGUCGACACCGUCUGCUUCGGCGUAGCCAUGGGAUCCAUGACCGUCAUCGUCAUCUACGUCAAGCAGCAAUUCGGCUGGGAAACAUUCGAGUCGGCCCGUUUCAUGACGGCUGUGAACUCCUCCCGCGUGGUGUGUCUGCUCAUAAUCCUCCCUCUCGUCACGCGCAUGGUCCGUGGCAAGCCGCUCUCUCACGAAGAUGCCGAAAAGGCGAAAAACACUGGCUGCGACAAUUUCGACCUCAUUAUCAUGCGACUUGCGAUCUUCCUGGACAUGGUGGGAUACAUCGGCUACUCCCUUUCCUCGACCGGUGGUCCAUUUACGCUCUCCGGUGUGAUUGCCGCGUUUGGAGGUAUCGGAUCUCCCACUUUACAAGCGGCUCUGACGAAACACGUGCCCGUCGAACGUACCGGCCAACUGCUCGGGGCUAUGAGCCUCUUGCACUGUCUUGCUCGUGUCGUGGCGCCUGCUGUGUUCAAUGCCAUAUUCUCGGCCACUGCGAAAGGCUUCCCGCAGGCGGUAUUUGUGUGUCUGGCGGCGACAUUCGGACUGGCAUGGAUGGGCAGCUGGAUGAUCCGGCCG